ACGUCGGUGUGAUCCGUUCGCACAGCGGCCGGGGCGGAUCUGCACCAGCCCCCCGGGAGCGCCCACCCACCGCCCCGGAGAGAGCCGGCCCCGCCCGCCCGGCGCUCACCCACCAGGACUCGUGCGCCUCCGGGGUCUCAGGGCGAUCUUCCAAGGCGCCGUCCUCCACGGGCGGCUCGAAGUACGAGUUCAGCGCUCUCUGAAAAACAGACACAGCGGUGGGACCUGGGCGCUCCCCGGACCGAGCUUCGUGUAUGCCUGCCUGAGUCGGCCUUGGUGCAACUUGUCUUCCAAGAAGAUACACCUGUUCAACAAGAUGUAUAAAGUUUCUCAGGUGACUCUGGUCUCUGCUGGCCCUGGGAAAGUGAUUUGUGAAAUGAAAGUAGGUAACGAGCACUCCAAUAAUUAUGGCACUCUCCACGGGGGUAUGACAGCCACCUUGGUGGAUAACAUAUCAACGCUGGCUCUCGUGUCCACAGAAAGGGGAUUACCAGGAGUCAGUGUCGACAUGAACAUAACGUACAUGUCACCUGCUAAAAUAGGAGAAGAUCUAGUGAUAACAGCACAUGUUCUGAAGCAAGGGAAGACGCUGGCAUUUACCUCCGUCGAUGUGACAAACAAGGCCACAGGGAAAUUAGUAGCGCAAGGCAGACACACAAAACACCUGGGAAGCCAGGAACACGAGAACUUCCUGAAGAAAUUCAACAGCAAACACUUGGCGUAAAUUUGACUUGAACAGAUGUAACUUUCAAAAUAAAUUAGCCCUACCAGUAGUGAAUAACCUUUUCUUUGGAGAAAAUGA